CUCUCAUAUCCAUUGCAGUCGACGCCUGCCCUGUUCCUCUUCAAACCCUUUUAACACUUCCUUCACAUUCCGCCCUCUCUCAUCAGCUUCGCGGUAUGGUGAUGAGUUCUGUAGCUGGGCUGACGGGCACUCCCUCCAGAUGCUGCUUUCAACUGCCCCUCGGAAGUUCCGCUUCUCGGUGCUCCAAAAGAGUUUCCAACCUCCCUGGCGCCCUUAAACCUGCAGGAAACAAUGUGCUGCUUCGUCUCGAAAGAAGUUGUUGGGCUGGCGUUUCACAACGAUUGAAUGCGAGGAGAACUCCUGUGAUCAAAUGUGCCAUGGAUGCUUCAUUUGGUGAUAUGUCUGAUAAACCAACUGCUAUCUUUCCUAGGAUUAAUGUGAUGGACCCAUACAAACGGCUUGGGAUAAGCAGGGAGGCAGAUGAUGAUGAAAUUGAAGGUGCCUGGAAAUUCCUUGUCCGACAAUAUGCAGGUCACAAACCAAGUAAAGUUGCAAUUGAUUCAGCAUAUGAAAAAAUAGUCAUGCAACGUUAUCAUGCAAAGAAGAACCCACCAUUCGACUUUAAGAAAAAGGUUAGGUCCCUCGGUCAGUCCCGUGUUCUGCAGGCUGUGAGAAGUAGGUUCCGCACUCCAGCCACACAGUUCAUUGUAAAAACUUCCAUUGCAUUUGUAUUGCUGGGAGCCCUCACUCUUCUAUUCCCAACUGAAGAAGGUCCAACCCUGCAAGUAGCUAUUUCUUUGUUGGCCACCAUAUAUUUCAUACAUGAAAGACUGCAGAGCAAAUGGCGAGCUUUUCUCUACAGUGUUGGAGCAUUUGUUUUCUCAUGGCUGGUGGGAACCUUCUUGAUGGUGGCUGUGAUUCCACCCAUACCUUUCAUCAAAGGACUGAGGAGUUUUGAGGUGAUAACUUCACUCAUAACUUAUCUGCUACUAUGGAUUGCAUCUACUUAUCUGAAGUAGCUGUUACUUCUCUUAUGAUAACCCUCAAUUUUGUUGGAGUUGUGAACCACAUAAAUUCUUGGAGAUUUAGCUUAUGCAGAGUUCAUUUUAGUGACAGUGCUGAUGCUUCUGGAUCUUAUGUUAGUAAGCUUCCUAGUGUAGGCAGAAGAUAAUUGCAUUUCAUUAGGGUGUAAAAUUAUACGGAAGGCGACACCGGUUUAAGCAAUUCUCAUCUUCUUU